UUACUUGUAAAAUGUCUGACGGAAAAAAUAAUGAAAUCUCGGAUAACCUCAAUGUCCAUGUAGAAUAUUGUGGCGUUUGUGAUUAUGGCGGUCAUUGCUUAGCUCUUGCUAAGACAAUACAAAGUGGUACCCCUAAUGCCAGAGUUGUGUGCAAGAGGGGUAGACAAGGUUCAUUUGAAGUAGCCAUAAACGACAAGCUGGUGUAUUCCAAGCUGCGGACAAUGGCGCUCCCAGACUAUGAGGAGGUGGCACAGGUGGUGAGCGACGUGGCACAAGGAGGGGAACCGAGGGAGAUCAAGGGAGAACAACCAGUCAACUGUGUGAUAUCAUAACAUUUAUUUAACUUAUUUGAUUAGGUGUAGUCUUAUUAGAUUAGAUGCACUU